GGCAGAAGGUGUGCUGCUGCUGCUGAGAGCGCCAGUCAGUCAGUCGCUCACCUGCCGUCAGUGUCUCUCCGGUCAUGGACUAGUGCAGCACGUUAGUUUGGCACAUGACGGAGAGGAACGGGAAGCUCGGUUGUCUUUCCAAGCCAAAGGACUACUAUCUACCUCGCUGCCUUCGCGACUACUGUAGCGUAGCUUAAGAGCCGUUCGCUAUUUAUGUGUAUUUAUAUUUAUUUAUAGCGCGCGUUUCGUAUCUGCAUUGCACUGACUUUGGCGCCUCGAUGCUUUUACAUCAGUUCGUGAAUGGGACGCUGGAAACCAUGUAUCCCAGUAUUCAGAAAGACACGACUUUCACCAAGAUCUUCGUCGGCGGGUUACCGUACCACACCACGGACGCGUCGCUGCGGACACACUUCCAGACUUUCGGCGACAUCGAUGAAGCCGUGGUGAUAACGGACCGGCAGACGGGGAAAUCCAGAGGAUACGGCUUUGUCACUAUGAUAGAUAAAAGUGCAGCUGAGAGAGCUUGUAAAGAUCCCAACCCUAUUAUUGAUGGACGCAAAGCUAAUGUCAACCUGGCGUACCUCGGAGCCAAACCACGCAGCCCACUGGCAGGAUACUCGACUGGAGUACAGCAGGUUCAUCCAGCCCUGAUCCAGAGGCAGUAUGGACUCAGCCAGCCGUAUGUUUACCCUCAGGCCUUCCUGCAACCCAGUCUGGUUCUGCCCGCACAGGUCACCUCCAACGCCACGACCCCUUACCUUGACUUCAGCACUGCCUACACUCAGUAUGCCUCCUCAGCCUUCGAGCAGUAUCCCUACGCCCCCUCGCCAGGCUUCCUGAGCUACAUGUACCCUCCAGGCACCCCCGGGCCCUCCUCCGCCACAAACACCCCGGUCCCCACAGCCCUCCCCUCCAUCGGAGGCGGCCCCAGCACAGCCUUCAUCCAGAUCCCUCCUCAUCAGCUCCACGCCGACCGCCUGUAGAUCAGGCCACUGGGACCCACUGAACUCUGUUUUGGUCUGCUGAAAGGACAAAAGAAAGAGUAUUGUGACAGAUGUCGGUGGUUGCUUUUGGUAUCACUC